CCCUUAGCAACAGCCCGGCCGGGCAGGACACACUGCCAACACUGGGCAGAGCAGGCAGGAGGCAGGCGGAGCGGCUACCCGGACUCCAGGACAGACGAAGGCCAGAUCUCUCUCCCAUCCAGCAGCUCAGGGAGCCCUGACCCACCAUGGAUGCUGUGGACGCCACCAUGGAGAAGCUCCGGGCCCAGUGCCUGUCCCGAGGGGCCUCGGGCAUCCAGGGUCUGGCCAGGUUUUUCCGCCGCAUGGACCGGGAUGGGAGCCGGUCCCUGGACGCAGGGGAGCUCCAGCGGGGCCUGGCCGAGCUGGGGCUGGUGCUGGACACGGCCGAGGCGCAGGGCGUGUGCAGGCGCUGGGACCGUGACGGCAGCGGGACGCUGGACCUGGAGGAGUUCCUGCGGGCGCUGCGGCCCCCCAUGUCCCAGGUCCGGGAGGCGGUCAUCACAGCCGCGUUCGCCAAGCUGGACCGCAGCGGGGACGGCGUGGUGACUGUGGAUGACCUCCGGGGAGUGUACAGCGGCCGCGCUCACCCCAGGGUGCGGAGCGGGGAGUGGACGGAGGAGGAGGUGCUCCGCUGCUUCCUGGACAACUUUGACUCCUCCGAGAAGGACGGGCAGGUCACGCUGGCCGAGUUCCAGGACUACUACAGUGGCGUGAGCGCCUCUGUGGACACGGAUGAGGAGUUUGUGGCCAUGAUGACCAGCGCCUGGCGGCUGUGAGCGGUGCGCACCCACUCGGCUGGCACCAUGCAGCGUAGGGCCCCACCCGGCACCCCUGGGCCAGGGCCCCUCUCACCUGGGCUUUGAGCUGAGCAGCCCCGGGGUGGGGGAUGGAGGGGAGUGUGGGAAGAUUGAGGCCGCAGAACCGGCUGGACCAGGUCUCCAGGGACACGGCUUGGCCACCAGGUGUUAGUGGGACAAAGGUUCCAACGAUGGGUCACUGGUUCAGGAGCCCAGGGAAUAAGACCCUCCGUGCCCACGCCAUGCCGACCCCAGGUCUCCUCCUGGCUCUGCUCAAGUGAACCCUGCCAGCACCCUCACCCCUCCCUCGUGACUCCCCCAGGAAGCCAAGCAGCGCCCGGGUGGGGAAGCAAGGCUCUGCACGGAGCGGCCGGUCUCGGAAGGCAGCUGAGCUCGGUCACCUGCCCAGGUGUGGAGUGUGGGGCGGGGCGGGCCAGGCUGCUGAGGAACCGUUCCUGGCCAGGUCGCCUGGCUUCCUGAGGCCCCUGGGGCACACAGGAGACCAGAGUUUUAGUUAAAAGUUUUAAUGUAGUUCCCAAAUACAUUUCAUAUGACAAUCUUACAUAAAUGUUCCAAAACA